UAUAUUUUCCAAAGUUUCCUGAAUUGAAAAUAAACUUCAAAGAAUUUUUUUGGUAAAAGUGGAAAAGUGAAGUGUCUCUGAAAAAGUAUCACAUUUUUUGUCAAUUUUAGAUAGCAAAGAAAAUGUUGGAAGAUGACUAUGACAGUGACACAUUUUCAUUGAAUGCUAUGAUUCCCAAUUCAAUAGCUAUAAGACAGCACUCAUUGUAUACAUACGCAAAAGAGAAACUGAGAGACGAAGUAUGGAAACAGGAAGAUGUUGUUUCAGUGAAAGAUGCUUUGAAAUAUGGACUUACUGAAAAAUUAGAAGAAAAAACAAGAAAAAAGUGCGAUGUCAAGAGCGACUUGAGGGUCACUGUUGUUGCUGAUUAUAUCAGCGAUCGCAAGGAAGUCUCGGCCUUAAUGCAAUGUAGUAAAGGAUCAAAUUCCAGAAAAAGGAAGUAUGGCGGAAAACCUUCACAAAGUAUUUCUAGUAUUCAAACCACUCUAGAUGAGAUGAAAUCCGUGGAGACUCUUUCAAAGUAUGCAGACUGUCCUCCGCAAUUACCAACCGAAUCUUGCAGCUUGAAAGAUAUUCUUUGUUUUCAAGAAGCCAUUUACGUUGCAGGAAGGUACAAUAAAUAUUCAAGGGAAUUAAGCCAGACGCCUUGGAUAAUCGAUGGAACCAGAAAAACAGAAUCCUCAGUACAGGAACUGAUAUGCGAUAAAAUAUUGCAAUAUUUUCGUGCGACAGGUAACAUUUUUUGACAAUUUAACCUCAAACCAAAGUAGAGUAUUUUUAUCAGCGUCCACCGAUUACCAUUUCUUUUGCUAAUUCAGGAAUGUUCUAAUCUUUACAUAGUAGAGUAGGACAUUGAGGGCUUUUUCUUUCAUUAAGUUAAGUGGAAGUUCCUUGGGAUUUUCUAGCUCAUUUGUUCUUGAAUAUUAUUUUGAAUGUAAAAGUUUAGUGCUGGAAAGCAUGUAACUUAUUCACACAUAUAUCUAUGUAUAUCUCAAUCACUGCCAAAAGUCUUGGAACACUAACGUAGGUUUUCAAAGGCAAAUUCAGCCAUCCCCCUCUCCCCCUAGGAACAAUGUUGAUUUACUUUAGAAAAAAGAGAGGGGUUAUGGAGUACGCUUUUUCUUGUGGAUUGUUUGAUAUUUUUCUAUACUUUCAACAUUGUUUUGGGGGAAAGGGGGGCGGAAGUGGUAGUAUUCAAGAAAACAAAUGAAAAAUAGAAAAGCACAGCCCAAAGUGUUAGGUGUUCCAAGUAAUUUUGGCAGUGAUUGUCUGAAUGGAAAUUUGAAGCUUAUCAGAUACACUAUCACAUGUUAUGUCUACCCAUAGGUUUUCGAUGGUGCUGAGUCCAUUUACGGCAUUUUCAGAACCGUACGUAUUACUAAUAAGGAGAUAUGGGGGUAUUCUUUGUUUUCAGGGGCUGGGGUAAGCUACCCUCAUAGAACUAGGUACCAUGUUUCAAAAAUGGUUUAAAUUGAGAAAAUUAAAAUUGAUUUCUGAUCAGAAUGGUCAAAAUGACAUUUUUAAAUUAUUUGAA